AUCUUGAACGACGUUAAUUUCGAAUGUUCUUGUUCUUCUUAUUUGUUGAAUGCAAAAUGCUAUUCCUCUUUGUUAUUGGUCUUUCGGUUGCGGGCAAUUUUCUUUGGGAAUUAUUGUAUAUCCGUGUUGAAUUGCCGGGCGGGUUUAUUGACCAUUGACUUGCGCGGUUUAUGGUCUGAAUCUUGUCCUUGAUCUCGAAUGUGUUCAUGGUUUAAGCUAUACUAGAAGGCGGUGAGGAUGGAGGUGUUUUGCUCUAACGCAUUUGAAGUUUCAAGGAGGAGAAAGGUUCAAGAGAGUCAUAAGUAUCCUCCGAUAUCGGAAGAGGAAGGAGACAUUCUAUGUUGUUCAAAGAGGAGGUUUAAUAUUCAAUGCAAGAGAGGUGAUCAACCAAAGAAAUCUAUAGCUGCCUCAAAAAGGAAAAGAAAUUUGCAAAAUGAUUUUUUGAUUGAUGAUUUGGAAGAUGACAAGGAAACCGUGGUUGCCAAGAUACGGUCCAGGGGAAGAGCUCAUAAAAUGGACUCUGUGACUAUGAUGGAUACAAUAGGCUCAGAAUCAAGUGGAGAGAGUCCAUCUUCAAGCAUUACCACAUUGCAUUCUCCACCAGCAUCCACAUUGCCUCCUUCGGAUUUAGGUAACCAUACUGAGGACAAUCACAUUGCAACAAGUAGGAGGGAUACUAAACGAAAUUGCUGGAUAUGUCAUCAGUGCAUGAGAAGGGAUAGAUUAAGCUAUGUCCCUUGCACCAAAUGCGAACAAAAAUUAUACUGUGACAAGUGCAUCAAGCAAUGGUAUCCUGAUAUGACGGUAGCAGAAAUUGCAGAGCGUUGCCCAUUUUGCCGUAAAAAUUGCAAUUGCAAUGUCUGCUUGCGCUCAAGUGGGAUGAUCAAGACAUCUAUCAGGGAUAUCUCUGAUAAUGAGAAGUUUCAAUAUCUGCAAUAUUGUAUCAACUUGGUUCGUCCAUUUCUGAAACAAAUGUGUGAAGAACAAGCUCUAGAGGAAGAGAUUGAAGCUAGAAUACAAGGAACAUCACGUUCUGAGAUUAGGAUACUGCAAACUCUAUGCAGUGAUGAUGAACGUGUCUAUUGCAACCAUUGUGCUACUUCAAUUGUUGAUCUUCAUCGAAGCUGCCCUGUGUGUUCCUAUGAACUCUGCCUCCAGUGUUGCCGAGAAGUUCGUAAUGGGACUAUUUCGCACCGAGCUGAAAUGAGGUUUCAGUAUGUGAAUAAGGGCUAUGAUUAUAUGCAUGGUGGUGAUCCUUCGCCAGAGUCUUGUGAUUCCAAGACUUCAGAUGAUCCUUGUGUUGAGCUAUCUAUUGAGUGGACUGCAGAAAGCAAUGGAAGUGUUUUUUGUGCCCCAAAGGAGUUUGGGGGAUGUGGAAACGGCAAGUUGGAGCUCAAGCAUAUUCUUCCCAGGGGUUGGAUAUAUGACCUGGAAGCUAAAGCUGGUGAUUUGUUAAGAAACUACGUUACUGAACAAACUCCUCUGAAGCACAUAGGAGUAGCAGUAUCAUGCUACAACCGCUCUGUGAGAAGAGCUGCUUCUAGAGAAGGCAGUGAUGACAAUGACAUAUACUGCCCUUCUUCAAUGGAGAUUAUAAACGAUGGGUUAUCAAUCUUCCAAAAGCAUUGGAUUAAUGGUGAACCUGUUAUCGUUCGUGAUGUUCUUCAACAAGCAACAGGUUUGAGCUGGGAGCCCAUGGUUAUUUGGAGGGCAGUAUGUGCAGCUUCAGGUUCAAAAAUCAACCCAAAAGUGUCAGAAGUUAAGACGAUUGAUUGUCUUGCUGGCUGUGAGGUAGAAAUCAGCACUCAUAAGUUCUUUAAAGGUUAUAUGGAAGGAAGAACAUAUAGAAACCUCUGGCCAGAGAUGCUUAAGCUAAAAGACUGGCCUCCCUCUGAUAAGUUUGAAGAUCUUUUGCCUCGCCACUGUGAUGAAUUUAUCCGUUCCUUGCCAUUCCAAGAGUACACUGAUCCUCGGGUCGGAAUGCUCAAUCUUGCUGUCAAGUUGCCAAUGCAUGUCCUGAAACCUGACAUGGGUCCAAAAACAUAUAUUGCUUAUGGAAUAAAAGAAGAGCUUGGCAGAGGAGAUUCUGUAACAAAGCUUCAUUGUGACAUGUCAGAUGCGUGUUCACAGGUGAAUAUUUUGACCCAUACAGCAGAAGUAAAGUUAAACGAUGAGCAAUGCUUGUCUAUUUUGAAGUUGAAGAAGGCACACAAGGUCCAAGAUGAGAAAGAGAAGUGCUGUGGUGAAAUCAAUGGAAAUAUCUCUCCAAAUGAUGUGGCUGAAGGGGUCGCAUUUGUCACUACAGAAAAUGAGACAAGAGAACCAGGUGCUGCUCUUUGGGACAUUUUCAGAAGAGAAGAUACUAAGAAGUUAGAAACAUAUUUGAGAAAACACUCAAGAGAGUUCAGACAUACUUAUUGUUCUCCAGUUAAACAGGUUUUCCAUCCCAUUCAUGACCAAUGUUUUUAUUUAACAAUGGAGCACAAGAAGAAGCUGAAGGAGGAGUUCGGUGUUGAACCUUGGACGUUUGAGCAGAAACUAGGGGAGGCUGUGUUUAUUCCUGCUGGAUGCCCUCACCAAGUUAGAAAUCUCAUGUCAUGCACCAAAGUUGCUGUGGACUUUGUGUCCCCAGAAAACCUCCGUGAGUGUCUGGCUUUAACUAAUCAGUUCCGGCUGCUUCCCAAGAACCACAGGGCCAGAGAAGAUAAACUUGAGAUAAAGAAGAUGAUAGUGUAUGCUGCUGACCAAAUUCUCAAAGAUUUGGAAUCCUUACUCAAGCGUUCUUGAUUGGCUUGGAUGCUGUAGCUACCAAAUUCCUUUGUUUAUCCAUGCUCCUACUACUUGGAGCUGGAUUUCUUUUUCUUUCUUCUUUCUUCUUUUUUUUUUGGUGCCAUAACAUUUUGUACAGUAGGAAUGUUACCCUGGAGUGCAAUUACUGAUUGCUCCCUUAAUGGAACGAGCCUUCAUUUUUAGCACCAUGUAUAUUGUAGGAAACAAAUACAUUAUCAUUAUGAAUAAAUUUAACUCUUUCCCUCGAAAACAA